GCCCUGGUGGAAAAUUGCUUUGGGCCAAGCGAGAUGCCAGAGGCAGCACUUGUGUUCGAUCGUCGAGGACAGCAAGGGACGAUCGAGAAUGCAAUUCCUUAUGCUCGUGGCCUUGCAAUGAGGGAAUGGAUUCUUGCAAACAUGGUGCGCCCCAGUGCCGUCUUCCUGGUGGAUGUUGACGGGUAUGCUCAAAAGUACAGGAGUCUACAAGAUGCUGCCCGUCGAGUUGCGGUGCCCAUGUUUCCUUCAGAGAUUGUCAAUGAUGCCUUGUAUUUAGGGCCGAUGGAGGCAGCGACGUCUGAGGCCGUUCUGCACGGAUUGGCGAUCACGCAUGUGGUAAGUGUGAUCGAUCAAACCGUGAUCCUGCCGGAGACUGCAAACGUGAAGCAGCUCAGCCUGCACAUUGAGGACUGCCCUGGCGCUGACCUUGAUGCAGUGCUCGUUGAGGCACUGCCCUGGAUGGCCGCAGCUUACGCGGAAGUUCGCGGUGCGCGGGUGCUGGUGCACUGUGCGCAAGGGCGGUCGCGAUCCGCGAGUUUGGUGUUUGCGUGGUUGAUGUGUGUGCAACGGGCGCGACAGGCGCAGGAAGCAGAAAAAGAGGAGGCUGUCGAUUCUACAGCCUUGCUGGGAGCAACCAUGAAGUUUGUCAAGCAGCUGCGCUCUUCCAUCCAACCGAACCAAGGGUUCAUGAGGGCACUAGAAAGGCUUUUUGAUGGCAGUGACCGGUUUCAGUCCUUGUGGCCGGCUUUGCGGGCCAUCUUCCAGGCUCCGGGCGGAGAGCGGCAGCACACUGGUCAGACGACCGCAGAUGGGGUGAGUGCUGCGCAGGCCGCCACCGUCCAAGCGAGCUCGGGUGCGCUUUUCGCAGCGGCACUGGGCGCACCG